CUUUACUUACUUUACUCUCUUCUCUUGCUAUUCUUGCAUCCUCCUUUCCUUCUGCACAGCUUUGAAACAGUCGACGUCAUUUCUCUCGCGCUGUUCGACUUGCUUCCUUUUGUAUUCGGCUUCUUAAGGCCUACGAACCACUGUGAAGCAGUUUGCAUUUGUGGGCGUGCUCAUUUUUGGUCAGUCCACUUUGCAGCUGUAGCGCGACACUCCCUCUCCAGCACCCUUCAGCCUAUGCCGGCUUGUGCUUUGGAAUUUGACACCGCUAUGGAAUAGGAUUCUGGCGGUUCAGGAGCGUCGCAGUGGAGUUGGCGACAUUUCGCUUGUCGGCAUUUUAACAUCUCGGCGAGCACCACACUUCACCAGCUUGGAGCAGGCGGCGUAUCAACCUUUGUGGUUGGUCAUUUGCAUCCGCGCGUGCAAGCAGGGUGCUUUGGGUGUGGCGGUCAGGGGAGCCCUGCAGCACUUGGCUGUUUUUUUGGGGUGUGGCUCGUCUUCGUGCCCUUGUUGCCUGGCGCCCGGCUGCCUGGCGCCCGCCCUGCUGUGAUGCCCUGCUUGGCAGCGGACCGCACCCCUGCAGGUGGGGGCAACACUGCCAGCCCGUUCUUCAGCCCCGGGCUGCAGCUCCACCUUGCCCUGUCCACGCAUAGCGUGGCGCACGGCGUGCAGGACCUGACGACGCAGCCUCAGGGCCCCAGCCUGCCUACCUACCCAGUCCUUCUGGUGGGUGCCACCACGGGGCUCCCAGAGGGCGAGCAGCUGUCCUCAGCCGGCGUCCGGGAGGUGACCAGUGCUGCCCUGUCAGUGCUGGACACCAUGUGCAGGCAGGGCAACCAGCCGCAGCUCUUGCAGGGCCACUCUCUGCACAGCACAGGCCGCCCCUCCCGCACGUUUGCGGGCCUGGCCUUCAGCCGGCGCGCGACCAGCGCCAGCAAAGCAGCCUUCACUGCGGAGCUCAUGCGCAAGUCGCCGCUGGCGGCGGGCGGCUAUCCCACCACCUCGGACCCCUCUAACCUGGCGUGUGCUUAUGUGGUCUCAGAGCAGUGCGCCAAAUCGGUGGGCCCCAAGGGGGAGCCCCAGGCCCCCGCAGGCCAGGGCAUCACCAACCACAUCUUUGCCUGUGUGCGGGGCCCCAUCUGGGACCCGCAGCUCUCUCACCUGCACUGUGCCAAGUUUGAGAUGCCCGGUGAGGAGCCCAUGCAGGUGGAGGUCCGUGGCGCCCCCCAGGCGGCUGGGACGGCCACGACAGCUGCGGCAAGCAGCCCUGCUCCGGCUGCAGCCGGGGUCGCCGACCUGGGUGGCAACACCUUGGGUCGGGCAAGGCCCGCGGCUGCCAUGGCGACCGCCGCGGACAUCGUUGACCACGUGGGGGACGUGCAGAUGCAGGAGGCGGCGGGUUUGGGUGACGCGGCGGCUGCAGCUGGUGGCGCCAGCGGGCCACACAGCGGGGCCCCGCCCCCGCUGCCCGUCCUGGUGGCGGGGGGAAGCAACCGUACUGCUGCGGCUGCCCUGCGGGCCGCGCUGCAGCAGCAGCCCUCUUCACAGCAACGGGUGGCAGCGGGAGGGUUUAGCGGGGUCCAGCCGGCGGCAGGUGUGGGGGGGCCGCCGGCGGCCAGGCCUCGCCCUGCCGGUGCUGGGCUGGCUGAUGCGCAGCAGCAGCACAGUGGCGCUCCCGCGCCACGGCCGCCCUUGGAUCAGCGGGCAGCCGCCGGGCAGGAUCAGGAGCAGAGCACUGUGAUGCAGCGGUACUUGGCCGAUUUGGCGGAACUAAAUCUCCAUCAGCAACGGCGGUUACAGCAACAGCAGCAGCAGGAGCUGCAGCGCCAGGGGCAGUCGCCCAGGCCCCGGACCGGCUCCCAGGAAGGCCCACAGCCGCCCAGGCGCUGCGACGCCAGCCAUAGCUAAAAUACACCGGCUGCUGUCACGCCAGCUCGUGUGACCGGACACGGCGAGGGAUAGUGCCGGGAAAAGCUGCCUAACGUCAGGGUUAGGGUUGUUGCGGCUGUCGGGUUUAGGGCAGUGUCAGUGUGGAACGGGUGCCUCCCGGGCCCCGGACGGUAGAAGGCUGAGUCAUUGCUAGCCUUAUUCUGUGGUGCUUUACGGGUGUGGAGUACGUUAGAACGCAGUUUGUAGAUGCCGUUAUGACGUGGUUAUGACGCGGCUAAGGAUUUGCGUAUCCGGAUGAGGCGAUUCCCCCUUGGGGCGCCGUUGUUUGUGUGGUCACUAGCUCGAGACGACUUGUUCUGUCUCGAGCUCUCUGGUACGGCUUGCUGGUUAGCGAUUUCACAGACAG